AUGGCCAGAUGUCGCAUGGAUUGCAUAGAAAAGCCCCUUCAGAGCUUCUUUAAGAAGAUGGGUAAAUCUGUUGGAUCCAAUCCCUGGUGGUUCCUCAUUGCCCCCCUUAUUGUCUCUGCAGCUCUGGGAAGCGGGUUUUAUUUUACUCAGGACAGAAUCUCCAACAAUAUUGAAGAGGAGUUUACACCUUUUAAUGGACCGGCCAAGACAGAGAGGAAGUACUUCAGUGAAAUGUUUCCAGAAGAUGAUUCCAUGUUUUCAAGUUUGCGGCAGACCACAGAUGGAAACUAUGCCACUCUCAUAGCUACAAGCGAGACUAAUAUUCUGACUGUUAAAAUGCUUGAAGAAAUCCUCAUGUUGGACUCUAAAAUCAAGAGCAUGUUGGUAUCAUACUCCACCUCAAUGUCAAUGCAGUGGGAAUUUGAGAAAUCUCCAGAUUCUGUCAUCUCUUUAUUUUCCAUCACCUACUCUAUUGCCAUCACAUUUUCCAUCAUAACUUGCUGGAGGUUGGAUAAUGUGAGGACGAAGGUGUGGGUGGGGUUCUGCGGCGUUCUCUCUACAAGUCUAGCGGUCGUGAGUGGUUUUGGUUUGCUCUUGUUGGUGGGCCAGCCUUUUGUAAUGACAGCUGCCUCCUGUCCCUUCAUGAUUCUAGGUAUUGGGAUCGAUGAUAUGUUCAUCAUGAUCUCCUGCUGGCAAAAGACUCGUGUUCUGGACAGCGUGCCAAAACGGCUGGGUGAGACCUACAAAGAUGCUGCCAUCUCCAUUACCAUUACCACCCUCACCGAUGUGCUGGCUCUCUUCCUGGGCUGCAUCACACCCUUUGGCUCAGUCCAGUCCUUCUGCCUCUAUGCUGGAAUUUGUCUUUGCUUCUGUUACUUCUACAGCCUGACUUUCCUGGGUGCAUGCAUGGCUUUAAAUGGGCAGAGAGAAGCAGAGAACAAGCACUGGAUCACCUGCAUCGAAGUCCCAAGUGAUGCACCAGGGAAAUCAAAAGCCUUCUGGCUGUGCUGUACUGGGGGUCGGUACAACAAAGAUACUGAAAAAGAGGAAACAGAGCCCAUAAGUUCUUUUUUUGAGAAGUUCUACGGUCCAUUUCUGACCCACAAAGUGACAAAAGUCUUUGUGUUUGUCCUUUAUGCAGGUUAUUUAGCUGCUAGUAUCUAUGGCUGUGUAAUCUUAAAAGAAGGACUUGAUACUAAGAACCUGGCUUUGGAUGAUUCUUACAUUAUCAAUUACUACAACCAUGAAGAGGAGCACUUCAAUGAAUAUAGCUUCAGUGCAAUGGUGGCAAUAGAGCAGCAAUUCCCCUACUGGGACAAAGACCAACGGAAGCAAUUAAAUUCUUGUAUUUCAAGUUUUGAAUCACUGAAAUUUGUCAAUAACACAAUGGCUUGGUUCAUUUUCUUUGAAAACUAUGCAGAAGCCAAUAAUAAGCCCAUAAGCUCCCAGGAGGAAUUCCUAAACAACCUGAAACCUUUCUUAAAUUUUGACCCAUUCUUAGCACAAGACAUCCAAUGGACUCCAGACGGUAAGAUUCAGGCAUCUCGCUUUUUCCUUCAGACAAAAAACAACGUACCGAUGGCAGAUAUGAUGGUGGAGCUCAGGAAAACUGCAGAGGAAUGUUCAGUGGAGCUCCUGGUGUACCACCCUUCUUUCAUCUACUUUGACCAGUACACUGUCAUUUUAAAUAACACCAUCCAAACCAUGCUCACCGCUGUGAUCGUAAUGCUUGCAAUCUCUCUCGUACUCAUACCCGAUCCUCUCUGCUCACUUUGUGUAGUGUUUGCAAUUGUUUCAGUCAUCACCGGCGUGACGGGAUUCAUGUCCCUCUGGGGCGUCAAUCUGGAUUCCAUCUCCAUGAUCAAUCUGGUCAUGUGCAUCGGUUUCUCGGUAGAUUUCUCGGCGCACAUUUGCUACUCUUUUGUUUCGAGUCCCAAAAGUGACGCCAAUGAGAAAGCUAUUGAGGCUUUGGCGAUUUUGGGUUACCCAGUACUGCAGGGAGCACUGUCCACUAUCUUAGGUGUGGUGGUGUUGAGCGUGUCUGGGAGUUACAUAUUCCGGACAUUUUUCAAAAUCGUGUUUCUAGUCAUUGUGUUUGGACUGUUCCACGGCUUGACGUUUAUUCCAGUGUUUCUCACGUUGUUUGGGGCCUGUAGCAAGUCACGGUGA